UUUUUCUUUUUCCCUUUCCUUUGCUCCUAUUCUUUUCUACUUCUACCCUGUUCCCUUUCCUUUUACAUAUCCUAGAACAAGAACGCAUUUCGUUGCAGCCUCACCUCGACCUUAAUUGCCUGUCUACCUUCCAGCUACCUACUACCUACCCCUCACUCAGUCCAUACAUCCACAACCACACAUACGGCCCCCACCAGGUCCAGACGCCAGCUGCACCAACAACCUACACCUCCGGUUCACCUCCUACCCAACUUCUUCCACCCUCCUACUCCUACUCCUCAGAAUCCUUCUCUUCCAAUCUCUCACACAAAACUACCUCUGAAGAGACGGCGCAGCAUCCCUGUGCGCUGCCUAUCCCAUCUCUCCACAACAUGAGUUUCACGAAUAUGCUCAACAAGCUGAAUGGUCAGCCCGAUAGCUACGAUCGAAAAUCACGAUACCGCUUCGGAAAGACUCUGGGUGCCGGCACCUAUGGCAUUGUCCGCGAGGCAGACUGCCCCGAGGGCAAGGUCGCGGUCAAGAUCAUCCUGAAGAAGAACGUCCGCGGCAACGAGCAGAUGGUGUACGACGAGCUGAAGAUGCUCCAAAACAUGAAACAUCCUCACAUUGUCAAGUUCCACGAUUGGUUCGAGUCCAGGGAUAAAUACUAUAUUGUUACCCAAUUGGCGACUGGAGGAGAGUUGUUCGACAGGAUCUGCGAGAAGGGAAAGUUCACAGAAAAGGACGCCGCAGAGACAAUCCGACAGGUCCUCGAGGCUGUCAACUACCUCCACGACAACAACGUCGUCCACAGAGAUCUCAAACCAGAGAAUCUACUCUAUCUUUCCACCGACGCCGAUUCCUCUCUCGUCCUUGCCGAUUUCGGUAUCGCAAAAAUGCUCGAUUCCAAGAAUGAAGUCCUGACCACCAUGGCUGGAUCUUUCGGAUACGCCGCGCCGGAGGUCAUGCUGAAGAAGGGACACGGAAAGCCUGUGGAUUUGUGGUCUAUGGGAGUCAUUACCUACACGCUUCUCUGUGGUUACUCUCCCUUCCGGUCGGAAAACCUCCAGGAUUUGAUCGAGGAGUGCAAGAACGGCCGAGUCAUCUUCCACGAGCGCUACUGGAAGGACGUCAGCAAGGACGCAAAGGACUUCAUCACGCUCUUGCUCAACCCGGAUCCUGCCAAGAGGCCGGACAGUGGAGAAUCUCUCAAGCACAUCUGGCUCAGCGGAUCCACCGCCUCCGACCACAAUUUGUUGCCCGAAAUCCGUGCUUACGUCGCCAAGGCUCGUCUCCGGCGCGGUAUCGAGCUUGUCAAGCUUGCAAACCGCAUCGAGGCUCUCAAAAUCCAAGAAGACGAGGAGGGAGAGGUGCCAGGCGAGGCGGAUGUCCCGGCGGGCGCAGGUCAGGCGGCUGGUGAGGCACUCGCGGCUCACAGCACAGAGAAGGGACUGAAUACAACGGAAACGAGCAAGCAGCGCCUGGGCAGGGUCGCAAAGAGUGCAAUCUUCAAGGAGGUGGUACUGGCCAAGGUGCGCCAGAUGAAGGAGGAAGAGGCGCAGAAGGAGUUCGAGAAGAACCUGACCGAGGGCAAGAAGAGCUAAUGAAGUGGCAUAUGGCACCUUCUUUUCUUCUUCAUCCUUCAAUCAUUUGUUCAUUCGCAGGGACUCGACGAAAUUGUCCUCAUCCCAUCUCAUAUAUUCUUGUUCCCCACUUUCUCGUUUGGCUGGAUAUGGUUCUGUCGCGACGGGCUGCUGGUUGCUCUUUAUAGGAUACCCUGGAUAGUAGCGAAGACCAGGGAUGGUUGCUUACCUUGAUGGGUACCUUUUUUUCUCUUUGGGCGUACGCCUUACCGAUGAUGCAGCAGCGUAGCCUUGGAAGAAAAGUUGAUACGAAAGUGUUGUUGUCCUCCAUGUAGAUGUACAGACAAUUAGUCACAAACGACAAGAACAACAGAAAAGUGCCAUGUCAU